CAUAUUGCAGAUCGGUGUUGUAAAGGACUCCCCGGUUAACAAGACGCGCUCACAUAUGCUGUAAAAAAACAAUGUUAGUGGUAAGGGGAAAAGUUGCACUUAUCACAGGUGGAGCUUCUGGUAUCGGUUUAGAGUACGCAAGAGCACUCUUGAAGAAAGGACUGAAGGGUGUCGUUCUGGUCGAUGUAAACUCCAGCUUUGGCGAGGCUGCAGUGACUACAUUAAGGAAGGAAUUUGCUCCAGGAAAAGUCCUCUUUCACCAAGCAGAUGUCACAGAUAAACAAUCAUUCGAAGGUGCAUUUCAGUUCGCUGUGCAGCACUACAAACAUUUGGAUAUUGUCAUUAAUAACGCCGGAAUUUUGAACGACAAAAUUUGGGAAAAACAAGUGGCAAUCAACGUUAAUGGUGUUGUUAUUGGAAGCCUGUUGGCAAUGGAUUACCUCCCGAAGUACACAAAUGGUGAUGAAUCUUUCUUAAUUAAUAUUGCUUCCAUCGUGGCGAUCGAUCCUUUCAUUUGCGUUCCCAUUUAUUCUGGAACCAAGUCUUUCGUGAUCGGUUUCAGUCGAGCUCUUGGUGCAGAACCGCAUUAUCAACGGAGCAAGGUUAAGGUAUUGACUAUAUGUCCUGGCGUUACCGACACACCUCUUAUCAAUGAAAUGAGUGGAAAGAAUUUGGGACCAGAUUACGAGGCUGUGUUGAUUGAAGAAAUUCCACAAUUCAAGAAACAACCACCGGAAUAUGUUGCCAAAGGUCUGGUUGAUGUUCUGGUCAAGGGUACAAGUGGCUCAGUUUGGGUAGUUGAGGGAAAGGAACCUGCUGUCGAAAUAGACUUUCCACACCGUGACCAGAGACACAAGAAUUGAUCCAAAUCAUAACCACGUUAUUCCUCGUUUAAUUCAUCAUGGUUCUUUCAUGUUUUUGGGAUAACAAGAGUUUUUAUUGAAUUACGAAAUAAGUACAUGCCACAACAAAUGCAAUAAAGUGAUUACUUUUAA